AGUCUCUCUAUCUUUUGGCAGUUGCUUGUCUACUACCUGGCAGAUGUUAGCAGUUCUCAACCCCGUUUGCUUUCGAUAAACGGCCCCAAACACCUUGCAAGCUGCGGUGUAAAGCCUCUUCGGAAGCUUUCCCGACAAGACCCGCCCGCCAUGUCUUCUUCCGAUUUGGGCGAUGCCCAAAUGUCGUCGGCCUCCUCCACCUCGGCCUCAUCGUCUGGCCCAUCGACGCCACCUCUGGGGACCGCAUCGCUGCCUCUUCCCAAGUCUUUAGCAGACGCCCGGAAGCAACAAGGUCUGGAGUUGCAGCAUCAUGACAUCGCAGAAUGGCAGCAGCCUCACACCUUUCACACGCUCGACCUUUUCGAGCGCUUCAGCAACCCCAGCCAAGAUGCGUUUGACCAUCCAGAGCUGCAAAAACUCGUCGCUCCCCAUAUCGAGUCGUUCAACAUGCUCUGGGCGAGCGAUCCCAGCGUGGAUGAGCCAGGUCCAUCAUCAAGAGGUGCGACAACAUCUGGUGGUGCAGACGAGGGGCUGAUGCAAAAAGCUAUCCGCAAAAUCGCUCCCAAGGUCAUCUACAAUGGCAAAGGUGCCAGCCCUGCGCAGUGGGAGAAUGGAGAAUGGGCAAGAACGGGCGACAGGCUCGAGAUCUGGGUCGACUCCAUUUCCCUGGGCCGGCCGCAGGUGCAUGAGAGAGCGAGGGAUGCCAAAGAAAGACGUGUGUUUCCCACAGAGGCUCGUGAGCGCCUCGUGACCUACAGGGCUCCCCUAACGGCUCGGAUCCAGUGGAGCAUCAACGGAAGUCCCCCUUCGACCGAAGUCAGGCAGCUAGGUCUGGCACCAGUCAUGGUCAAGUCCAACCGUUGCAAUCUACGUGGCAUGACGUCCAAAGAGCUGGUGAAUAGAGGGGAAGAGCAGAACGAGAUGGGCGGUUACUUCAUAAUCAAUGGCAAUGAGCGUCUCGUGCGAUUUCUCAUCGUCCCCAAAGCAAACCACGUCACCGCUAUCGAGCGAUCGGCCUUCGAGAAGCGUGGCCCUUCGUACUCUCGAAAGGCAUGCACGAUCCGCUGCGUGCCGAAAGAGGACCUGGCUUCGGUGACCAAUACAGUGCACUACCUAGAGAACGGCAGUGUUACCUUGCGCUUCAGUUGGCGAAAGCAAGAGUACAUGGUCCCCGUCAUCCUCAUUCUCAAAGCGCUCGUCGAUGCUACCGACAAGGAAAUCUUCACAUCCAUCGUCCAGGGAGACUUUGACAAUACGUUUAUCACCGAUCGCGUCGAGCUGUUGCUUCGAGCAUUCAAAAACUACAAGCUCUAUAGCGGCGCGCAGUGUCUCGAGUACCUCGGCGACAAGUUCCGCGUCGUCAUGGGUGCACCCGAAGACUGGGAGAACAUCGCCGUCGGCGCGCGCUUCAUCGAACAGGUCGUUCUCAUCCACCUCGACAGCCCGCGUGAAAAGUUCCGCAUGCUCGUCCACAUGAUUCGCAAGCUUUACUCUUUCGUCGCGCUCGACUCGUGCCAGGACAACGAAGACUCGCCGCAGCACCAGGAGAUUCUCCUACCCGGCUUCCUCUAUGGCCAGAUCAUCAAGGAGAGGGUCGACGACUUUCUCGGCGGCGUCCGCACGCAGAUCGCGCGUGACGUCCGCCAAGCAUUCGAUCCAAGCUAUGCUGGACCGUCGCGCAGCAAGAUUGCGCCCAACUUUUACGACGAGUCAUAUCUUAAAAAAGUCAUGGCCAAAGUCAACUCGGACGUCGGUGCUCGGCUCAAUGCAUUCCUGGCGACCGGCAACCUCGUCUCACAGACCGGUUUGGACCUCAAACAAGCGAGCGGAUUCACAAUCGUGGCAGAAAAGCUCAACUUUUAUCGCUAUCUCUCCCACUUCCGCUGCGUGCACCGUGGUGCGUUCUUUGCUGAACUCAAGACCACCACAGUGCGCAAGCUGCUUCCCGAGGCCUGGGGCUUUCUCUGCCCUGUGCACACGCCGGAUGGAUCUCCCUGCGGCCUGCUGAACCACUUCUCGCACACAUGCCAGUUAAUGACGCGCGUGUCCGAUACGACGGCCGUGCCGUCGCUCCUGGCUGGCUUGGGCAUGCUCCCCGCCCUAUCAGCCGAGGUGCACGCCCGGAAGCACGUCUGCAUUCAGCUCGACGGGACCAUCAUCGGCUACGCCACGCUUGCGCUUGCGAAGCGUAUGGCGAUGAGCUUGCGCAUCUGGAAGACCGAGGGCCAGCGGGGCGUCCCGCUCGACCUGGAGAUUGGCUUAGUACCCCUCAGCCAUGGCGGUCAGUACCCCGGCCUGUACCUCUUCUCAAACCGCGCAAGGAUGAUGCGGCCGGUCAAAUUCUUGUACAAUGGCAAGCUCGACCUUGUCGGCCCAUUUGAGCAAGUCUACCUCGACAUUGCAUGUCAGCCGGACGAAGUCGAGCAGGGCAUCACCACCCAUCUCGAACUCAGCCCGACGAGCGUGCUCAGCGUGCUGGCAAACCUAACGCCGUUUUCGGAUUACAAUCAGUCGCCGAGAAAUAUGUAUCAGUGCCAAAUGGGCAAGCAGACCAUGGGUACACCUUCGACCGCGAUCAAUCACCGCACGGACAACAAGUUGUACCGCAUUCAGAAUCCGCAGACGCCCGUCGUGCGGCCAGCGCUGCACAACAAGUACAGUUUCGACGACUACCCGAACGGCACAAAUGCCAUUGUCGCCGUUAUCUCGUACACGGGUUACGACAUGGAAGACGCCAUGAUUCUUAACAAGUCGGCUCACGAGCGUGGCUUUGGCUACGGAUCGGUGUACAAGAGCUCCAUCGUCGAUCUACGCGACCUGCAGGGCUCCGCUCGUGGACCGUCAACGUGGCACUUUGGAUUCGGGCGAGACCUCAAGCCGGAUCAUCCAUCUCGCGCGGUGCUCGACAACGACGGUAUGCCGUUCAUCGGUGCACGCAUCAAGGAGGGCGAGCCAUACUGCGCGUACUGGGACGAGACGACGGGUCGGACAAAGUUUUCCAAGCUCAAGGGCGAUGAUAUCGCUUACGUUGACACCGUGCGUGUCAUUGGCACCGACCAGGGGGAUUCUGAGGCGCAGAAGCUCCAGAUCACCCUGCGCAUCCCACGUUCGCCCGUCAUCGGCGACAAAUUUUCCAGUCGGCACGGACAGAAGGGUGUCUGCUCGCAAAAAUGGCCCGCCGUCGAUAUGCCGUUCUCGGAGAGCGGGAUGCAGCCGGAUGUCAUCAUCAACCCACACGCCUUCCCUUCGCGUAUGACGAUCGGUAUGCUGAUCGAAAGCAUGGCUGGAAAGGCCGGGGCCAUGCAUGGUAUCGCGCAAGAUUCCACUCCUUUCACCUUCUCCGAGGAAGACACACCUCUAGACUUUUUUGGGGAGCAGCUCAAGGCUGCCGGAUACAAUUACCUCGGCCACGAACCGAUGUACUCCGGUGUGACAGGCGAAGAGUUUGCAGCAGACAUCUACCUCGGGGUCGUCUACUACCAGCGUCUGAGGCACAUGGUAAACGAUAAGUUCCAGGUGCGGACAACGGGUCCGGUCGACCAGCGGACCCGCCAGCCCGUCAAGGGAAGGAAGCGCGCCGGUGGUAUCCGGUUCGGAGAGAUGGAGCGUGAUGCGCUACUCGCACACGGCACCUCCUAUCUCUUGCAAGACCGUCUGAUGAACUGCUCAGACUAUAGCACCGCUUGGGUAUGCCGAACGUGCGGAAGUCUGAUCUCGCUCGGGUACGAAAAUAGCACCAUGGCCGGUGUGCAGGCGAUCGACAUCAAGACAGAUCAGUCGGAGCUUCUCGGUCCCAGCGGCGAGUACUGUCGCAUCUGCCGAGCGGAAGACGAGCGGCGGCUUCGAGAAGGCGAGCGGCCACUGCAGCCAGGUCAGACGCUAGCGCACAAGGAGAACGGUAGUGCUUUCAAGGUACCCAAGGAGAUGGUCCUCCGUCGCGGCGGCUCGCUCGAUGUCAUCGCUGUGCCGUACGUGCUCAAGUAUCUUGUUGCCGAACUGGCAGCGAUGAGCAUGCGCAUCAGCUUCGAGGUCGUGUCGUAAAGCCGUUUUCAAGCAGCGCCCCGUAUCUCAUUCGUGACUUCGACGAGUCUCGCCCGAUCGAAGCCUGUGAACUAACUCAUUCUGGCAAUCAAUGCAUAUGUAAACGUG